AUGUUUAACACAAAAAAUUCGUUGCUAAGAAAGCAAACGAGAAAAUUCUCAUCCAAAAGAGGAAACAGUUUAAGAAGAACUUUAACUCCUAUCACAAAAAAUCAAUAUAAGAGGGACCUAGCUCAAACUGUGACUUUAGAAGAAGUUCACCUAAUUGUUAAAAGAUGUGCAGAUAAAAUACGUGAAAGAGGUUUACAUGUUGUGGAUAUAUUUAAGCCGAUGCGCAUUGGCGAUAACGUUGAUGAUGUCAGAAAACUUAUCAGUUGUUUAUUACGCGAAACACGUGCACAAUGUGACAAAGAACUUGAAAAGUUGGAUAUUCAUAUUAUAGUCUCUGCUAUGAAAUGGGCUUUAAGACAUUGUGUUACAACUAUUGUCCCAUAUCAAUUCUACGAAGAAUUUGUAAUAUUUGAACAAGAAUCUGAUUUUGAUCCAGAUAAAGGUUCAUUCAAACAAUUUCUAUGCUAUCUACCAAAACAAAACAGAGAUAUACUUGUUGAAUUGUUUGAUAUUUGUGCACAGGUAACUGCUGAAUCACACAUAAACAAUAUGCCAGUUGAACGCUUAGUUAAGACAUUGGCCCUUUGUAUUCUGGGUGAUAAAGAUAAACCACUUGAAGGUUUUGAAGGAGCCUAUAACGAGUGGACAAAAUGCUCUCAAGCUUGUCUACACUUAUUCCUGGCUUAUCUUCGUGAGAAAGCUGUCUCUACUGAAUUAAACCCACGUCUCACUGUCUUGAUAGACAAUUAUGUUGAAUAUAGAAAAAAAUCUGUUACAUCCGUGUACUUUAAAGCUUCUAAUAGUAAUGAUAGAGAUGAUGGCAAUGAUGAUAACAAUAUACAACAACCAGAAACUUCGAACAAUAAACCUAAAAUAUUUAAUAGGCCCAGAAACAGAUCCAUAGUUACUUUUGCUGAAAAAACUACUGAAUUCAAAACGCCUGUAAGCAUAUUAAAAGUAAUAAGAGAAGUGCCAGCAAGAAAAUCAGAAGUUAACCAACAAACGCGUAGCUUUACUACACUACUUCCUAAUAUUAUGGGUAAUAUAAAACGUAAAACAAUAAUAAAAUCUAGUACAAUUAUGACAACUGCGGAGAAAAAAUCAGCUGAGGAAAUGUGGGAAGAAUUUCAGGAUAAAGGCAUUGGAGCAUUAUCCGACGAUUUUAUCAAACUUUUUUUUUCAUUAGAAUCUCGUGCUGCAGAAGUUAAACAAUUUCCAAGUCGUACUGAAAAACAAUGGGGUUCUUUUAGUAAAAAAGGGUUUCAAAGUAUAUACAUGGAGCCUUUGUCAGAAACCAAAAAUAAUGAAAAAAAAUCUUUAUUAGUAAAAACUUCAUCUUCAAUGAAAAAUACUAAUAAUGAUAAUGAAGAUGGUUCUUCAAAUGAUCUUGUCAGAAAUGAUUCUUUAAGACAAACAGUUGCUUGGGAUAGUUUUUCUGAAAAAGGUUUUGAAGAAUCAGAUGUUUUAUCUUUAGUUUCAUCACUUGGUAAAAAGAAAUUUGUUAAGUUUCGUUCAUUAAGAAGAACUAGAUCUCUUAGUCCAAUCAAAAAGUUAAUUGCUUUAGAUUUAGAAGAAGAUUGGGAGGAUUGGGGUAUCAUUGAUAGAAGAGAGGAUUUGCCUAUUACAACUCAUUUGGCAAUUGAAACAAUUGAUGAAAUCUUUCCUUAUGUAUGGAUGGAAACAACUGUUGAAGAUGAGGGUGAUAAAUGGGGCGAUUGGAUAUUCAUUGAACCAAGAAAUGGUUUAAUACACGAGUGUGAAUGGGUGAUGAUUGAGGAGAAGGCUCAGGUUUCCUUAGAAUGGGAGAAAUCUUUUUCAUAUUCAAAAAGAAGAAAAUUGAGUGCUUUAAGUACAUUUAGUAUACCAUGGGUUAGACCUGGUGCUGUUGGUAAAAAAUCAAGACCUGCCAGUAAAGCAAGUACUAGAUUUUCAAUGGCCUCAACAAUUAAAAGACCCGUACCUGCGAUAAUGGCAAUGUUUGAUAGAUCAAGACCUGAUGAUCAAGUGUUUGCCACAAAUUACAAGUUUCCACCAAAUGCGAUUAAAAAAUAUAAAAAAGAAGAAAAUGAGUCUGAGGAAAUUAGUGUUUCACGCAGGAUACACAAUAAUGAUGAUUCAAUUGUUGUACAAUUCGAAGCUACAAAAACCAAACAUUCUCAAGUUCAAUACACAUAUAAAGAAGGGGAUUACAAUGAAGAAAAUGAAGGUUAUGAAGAACAAAUGGGUUAUGAAGAAGGUUAUGAAGAACAAAUGGGUUAUGAAGAAGGUUACGAAGGCGGCUAUGAAGAAGGUUAUGAAAAAGAAAAUUAUAGUGAAGGUGAUUGGGAGGGAGAUGAAUAUGCAUACUCAUCAGCAAAAAAUUCACAAUAUUCAGAAAAUGAUUAUAUUAAUCAAUAUUCACAAAACGAUAUACCACAACUACCUUCAACUACAAAAGGAUACAAUAACUUUGCUCAAAGACAAAUGAUGAAACAAGGUAAAUUAGUACCAUCACAAUAUCAGCAACAAUAUCAACAACCAUUGUCAACUAGAGAUAGCAACUAUAAUGAUGAUGGUGAAGGCGAAGGUGAAGAUGAAAUCAUUGUGGAAGAGAAUGCUGAUGACAUGGAACCACAAAUAAUUGUAUCUGACCGGAGGGGGUCUGAAGAAUAUAAUAGGUCAUUAUAUUGGGCUUGGAGCCAGAAAAAUAUAAUGUGGAAAUGCUCAGAGGCUGGUAAAUCUUUUGAUGGUGAUAAGGGGACAAAACUUCUCUAUGAACGAGGUAUAAAGGCUUUGAAGAUGAUGAAAGAUAUGUUCCAGUCUCUAUGUUUAGCUGUUGGGAUGGAAGAAGAAAAAAAAAAAUAA